AUGCGGACUGCUUCAAUUGCUGCCUUGGCAUUCCUGUUCUCGGGCAGCAUUGCCCAGACUUUCCAGCGGCUGGGUGGUUGUCCAGAGCUGGGAUGUGUGUUUCCACCAGAUCAGGCCGAUUUUCUUCCCGGUCAAUACUUCGAUAUUCGACUCGAAGUACAUUCCCCCAUAAAUGGCUCUGAGAAGCGCGAGGGGGGACCGGAUGAGAACUUUACGUUCACUAUCGCAAAGAAGGGUGGUAGGCCUAUCCCAGCUGCGCAAUACUUCAAUAUCGAAGAACCAAAACUCGAAGGAUGGAACUUUACGUGGUACGAAGAUCUGUUUGCGCAAGACAUGAACAAGCCCUCAAUGGUCAAUGUUUCAGCCAAAGCAUUCCGCAGAGUGGCUUUGUAUGAGCCAGGUGAAUAUGAAGCAACUCUGACUUACUAUGGGACUCAAAAAACCGUGGCGAACUGGCUCAUUCGUGAUCUGCCCACAAAGCGUCGCGCGAAGAAUGUCAUCUUGUUCAUCGGCGAUGGCAUGACAACAAACAUGAUUACUGCUGCACGUCUGAUUGCUCAUCGCAGCAUCAACGGCAAGUACAUGACAAAAAUGGCACUGGACAAGUUCCCUGUACUUGGCCAUCAGAUGACCCAUUCGAUGGACUCGUUUAUUACCGACUCAGCCAACUCCGCGACUGCCCUCUAUUCGGGCCACAAGACAACCGUCAAUGCCUUGAAUGUCUAUGUGGACUCCUCCAGUGACCCAUUCGAUGAUCCUAAAUUCGAGACGAUCUCGGAAAUUUUCCGUCGCCGUCACCCGCACGCCGGUGUCGGGAUUGUGUCCACCGCGUUCUUGGCCGAUGCCACCCCUGCUGGACUGGCAGCUCAUACUAGCGACCGUGGAGAGUAUGACCAUGUAAUCGGUGCUUAUUACGAGGGUCUUACCAAGUAUAAGUGGACGGACUGGGAUGGUCCUGAUGUUCUCCUCGGAGCCGGUGCAGAAGACUUCCUUGAAAGCGAAGACAACCACCGCGAUUAUUACAAGCUCUUUUCCCAGAAGGGCUAUAACGUUGCCUGGAACAACAGUGCCUUGAAAGAUGCUCCACUGGAUGAGAAACUCUUGGGUGUCUUCUCAACCUCUAAUCUCGCUACCUGGUUGGACCGCAAUGUUUACCAAGCCAAUCUGCACAACCAGAGCAAUUACCCCGAUGGUUCGAAACGGGACGCAGAUGACCUGCCUGGCCUCAAAGAUAUGACUCUGAAGGCAAUCGACGUCCUCAACGAGCGACACGGUGAUCAAGGGUGGUUCCUCAUGUCAGAGGCCGCUAGCAUUGACAAACAAAUGCAUACACUGGAUUAUGAUAGAUCGCUGGGUGAGCUUUUGGAGCUUGAUGAUACUGUUCGUGCGACGAUUGAACGUCUUAAGCACCUUGGAGAGCUGGAUGACACUCUCAUUAUCGUCACAGCCGACCAUGGCCAUGGAUUCGAUGUCACGGGCUCUGUCGACACCGAGUACAUGGAUGCACAAGACGACGACCGCGACAAGCGCAAGGCUAUCGGUUACUAUAAGGACUCAGGACUGUCGCAGUACACCGUGGGUGGUCCUAAUUCUCUGCGAUACUCGGAAGGCGUUCACUUCCCUCAGCGCUGGGAUCCGCGGUAUACACUUCACUCCGGCGUUGUCGCAUUCCCCGAUCACCGGGAGAAUUACCAAGUUCAUAGUGAAGGCCCACGUACCCCUGCGACUGCAGCAAAGGAUAAGAAGAAUGGAUACUAUGCUUCUUACAAGGAUGCGGUGACUGGAUUCCUGGUCAAUGGAACAUUGCCAGUCGAUGCGGGCCAAGGAGUCCACUCGUUGACUGACGUUCCCGUGUUUGCCCAGGGUCCAUGUCAAGAGCUGUUUGGUGGAGUCUACAACUCCAUUGAUAUAUUUUUCAACAUGGCAGAAUGCCUUGGAUUGUCAGAGACAAAGCACAGCGGUCAUCCUCACGGAGCAAAGAACUAG